CGAGGGAUGUCACGAGUCGAUUGAGAGGGAGGGGGGGACGCAAACUUCCAACUUAACUUGGAAGCUCCUGGUGGCAGAAGAGGUCGAUAGAACAGCUCCCUUUCAAACAGCCCUAUAAAUAAGCAUGUAUGUCCCCCUUUCCCGGCCUCCUACCACUCUCACCAUCCCACUCUUCCUCCUGAUCACCCUAUCUACCCAUACUCAACCUUACCGCCAACAUGGCCGCCCUCUACCCCCUCCUCUCCACUAUCACCCUCUUCACCCUCGCCAUCCAACCAGCCGCUGAGCAGUGGUACGUCGUGGGCGUCAAGGACAAGUGGGUCAUGACGAUGCUCCCCACAAACGGGAUCGGCUACACGACCCACGACUACUCCAUCGCCGUCAAGGACAUGUCGUCCGGCAAGGAGGAGGACACGAAGCACUCGGGCGUCGGACGCGGGCCCAGCGACAUGUGCAGCGCGGGUCUCAUGGGCGCCGAGGUCUGGUGCACCGGCGACGUCUCCAAGGACUGCCAGGGCUACGACGUGGCCGCCUACAAGUCACGUCGCUGCCGGACCUAUUGCGCCUUGCUGGGCGACAACCGCAACAUCUAUAAUUACAAUUCGGGUACCCAGGGGACAUGGUUCAGAGUCCACCUUAUCUGCGACAAGCCGUAUCCUUGAGGGUAGGGAUUUCCCCUGGAGAAGGCAUCAUUCCCACUGGCACUCAGGGGCUGAUUCUUCAUUGGGUGGCGAAGACGAGAGAAUAACGGCUGUUGUAUGUGUUUGCUUUUGGUCAGCCAUAGCUGGCCCCUUUUCAGCGCUUUUUUGUGUCGACUCCUUGCACGGUGAAUGAGCUCGACUGGGGUGUAGUCUCGGCUGGUAGAUCAAAGGCACGUCACGGUGCCUGCCUGGUUAAACGAUGAAAGAACGGGUGAGACCAGACUAUCGAAAAUCUCCAACUCACGCUCUGUUUCUGAUAUGUGACACCAAUACUUCAAUGCAGA